GAUCCAGGUCGGACUCAACACCCUUCUGUCAACGGUGCAACCGCGCGGCUCUCGAUUGCCUCGGGUCAAUUCAGAAGGCGCAAUUCGAUAAACUCCUUCAUAAUGGCGCCCAAGGAGCCUUUCAAGGUGCAUUCGCUCAGCAAGCACAUUGAGGAAACCAAGAAGGGCAUGAGUGCCGAAAAACAGUUCAACAAGACCAACACCUCGAAAUCAAAACCUCUUAUCAAGAAGAAGCCUUUGGAGACUUCUAAGUCUAUUGUGAUAGAUUCAUCAGACAGCGAUUCCUCCAGCGAAAGCGAUUCGGAUAGCGAUGAUGGAGCCGACUUUCUAAGCAAGCUGGCGACACCAUCCGGCAAGGCAGCCCCGCGACACAACAAACAGGACGAAAUUGCGGAUAGCGAUGUCGAGCGCAAGGCAUCUCAGAAGACGAAGGCUGUCGCUGCCAAGUCUGCAAAGGUCAAGAAGGAAGAAAGCUCGUCCGAGUCGAGCUCCAGCGACUCUGAUUCCGAUUCCGACUCCGGGUCUGACAGCGACGAAAAGAAGAAGGCUAAGCCUCAGACCCAAACUAAGAAGGUUGUGAAGCGUGAGAGUACUACUACAAGUGCUACUAGCAGCAGUGGUUCCGACUCGAGCAGCGACGAUUCCGACAGUGAACCCGCACCUGCCAAGCAGGCCGCCACGCAGCCUAAAGAGAAGAAGGCAAUUCCAGCCAAGGCCAAGCCUGUCAAGAAGGAGUCGUCCGAGAAUGAAGAUACAUCCAGCGAAGAAAGCAGCAGUGAGAGUGAGAGCGAACCGGAGCCAGCUCCCAAGAAGGCUGUGAAACCUGCCAAGGCAACCGCAGCACCUCUUGCGGAGCCCAAGAAGAAGCAGAAGAAGGUUGUCGAGCCAGAAAGCUCCAGCGAGGAAAGCGAUGACGAGGAGGAGGAUAAGGGCAAAAAAUCAACAGAGACGUCAGCUUCUAGCGAGGCAGAGUCUGCCGACUCCGACUCCGACGUCGAGAUGGAGACAUCCAUAGAAGUUGUCCACCGACAGAAGAAGACAACCUCUUUGGCGCCUUUCACUGCACCUGGCUCCAACUUUGUACUGCGGAAGAGCCAGGGUACCGAUGGUCAGGAUGUCGCGAGCCUGUGCAGCGAAGCCAACUUGAAUGGCAAGCAGCUAUGGUACUUCACGGUGCCCGCUAACGUUCCCAUCUCGGUUGUUGAGGACAUGGAGAUCCCUAUGAAUGCUGGAGAGGAUACUACACCCUCAUUUACACAUGAUGGUGACAACUACGGUCUCGCCUUUGAUCGAUCAUUCCCCAAGAGCUCUAUCCAAAUCCUCAUUCCUUCCGCUGAUGGUGGCAGCUAUCAAUCAGCCCGUAAAUCUGUCGACCAGGUUAUGCAAGUUCGUCGAAUCACCCAGCUCUCUUCUACAAUUGGUCCAGAUGAGGCCGCUGCCAUCCCAUCGUCGAGACAAGUUCGCCCACAGCCAAAGGGCCUCAAGAUGCGCUUCCAGCCCAUUGGUGUAAGCAGUCCAGUCAACAAUGGUGGCUCCAUCGCAGAAGAGGACGAAGAUGUAGAAAUGGAUGAUGCCAAGCCUGCACCGAAGAAACGCAAGCAACGCGUCUCGACUGCUGUAGCAGAUGGUACAGAAGCGCCCAAGAAGAAAAAGACAAAGAAGCAGCCUACCUUGUCUGAUGAUGAGGAUGCUGCUGCUGCCGAGCAACUUAUGGGAGAGAAUCUCAGCCAUUCUCUGCCUCCCAGCAGCAUGCCACAACCCGACACACCUCAGCCCAGUGCCAAGUCGGCAUCCAAGUCUAAGAAGGGUGCAAAGGAGACACCAGUCCCAGUCCCAUAUGUGCCUAGUCAGCCAAAGGAGACUCCUGUGCCUUUGCCUUUUGGUGUAUCUUCUCAACCCAGCGCCCCCGACACGCCAACUGUAAAGAAGAGCAAGAAGAGCAAGACCGUGUUUGCUUCGCAGCCCUAGAAGGGUCAUGAGCGAGCAAAGCAUCGCGGCGCACACGGCUCCGUACAUGGUGGGCUGCCACAACAUAAAGGCCAUUAUUGAUUUUUGAAUUCUACAUGCGAUGCGUUUAACGGUUGGUUUAUUUGGGCGUUUGGCGACGCAUAGCUUUGUACAUUGGUUUCGUGUCUAGUGUCAGCAACGGGAUAUGGACUAGAUAGAACUUGUUUGUAGGACCCGAAACAAAAGAGAGACGAUUUUGAUAUACUCAUAUCUCUGCUUCAUUCUUUCUAUACGUGAUCUGUAUACUAGCAACGGUUAACAGCAUACAAUGGCGACUUAGAU